GAAGCAGAAUUCUUAGUUGUAUGAAAUCCAGAGUAUUUAAAAAAAAUGGCAAUUAAGCAUUCAGAACAAGAUUCUGAAGGAGAGAUAAUUCAUGGAAAUUAUUGGAAUAAUGAGAUGAAAUUUUAUAAUAAUCAAGCAUGUUUUUCAAUGAGGAAUGAGAAGGAACUGUAUAAUAAAGGAUCAAAAGAUUUAUAUCAGGGACAUCCAAAUACUACAUUACUUAAGGAUGUAUUAAUAACGUCAUUUAUUGAAAAAAAAGAAGAGUUAUAUUUAAGAGAGAAAAUGAAUGAUUUGAAGUCAUCAUAUAGUUAUCAAGGGGAGGGAGAGUCUAUUCGAAUCAAUAUGAAGCAAUAUCAUAGGAUAUUGAAGCGUAGAGCAGCAAGGGCACGUAUUCAAGAAAAUUUGGGAAAAAGGGAACAUAUAAAACCAUAUUUACAUGAGAGUCGACAUAAACAUGCAAUGAAGAGGCCUCGUGGUCCAGGAGGACAAUUUAUUAAAAAUAAACCAAGUUCAGAGGAAGAAAUUAUGAAUAUGAAUGAGGUUACAGACAAAUGAAGAAAAAAAAGAAUUAGAAAUAAUGAAUACAAAUGCAAUUGAUAUG